UGUUGCCUAGCAACAGCAAGCCGGGUGGGGUUGCAGUGGCAAGGAGCAAGUGUUCCGGUGAGCCCCCUGCCCUGGCGGCGGCGCUGCUGGACUGGCGGCGAAUGGGGGCGGCGGGACGGCAUGUGCGAGGGACCAUCCCGCAUCUCGGGGCCCAUCCCCCCAGACCCCACGCUCUGCCCCGACUACUACCGGCGCCCGGCCUCGGCCCAGGGACGCCUUGAGGGGAACGCGCGGAAACUGAACCUGCUGACCUGGGACCGGGACCUGGAUGCCGGCUCUCCCCGAGGCCCGCGAAUCGGUCCUGGAGCCCGACAGAUCCUGGAGCGCGGCAGACAGGGCGUGGGGGGCGUGCUGCUCCAACUCGGGGGGAUCUGCCUAGGCCCAGGAGCCUCUCCCAAGAGGAAGGACCCUAAAGACUACGAGAAAGAGAACCUGAGGCGUAUCAGGGAGAUCCAGAGGCGUUUUCGCGAGCAGGAGCGCAGCCGGGAGCAAGGCCAGCCCAGGCCCCUGAAGGCUCUGUGGCGCUCACCCAAGUACGACAAAGUGGAGUCACGAGUAAAGGCCCACCUUCAGGAGCCCAGCCCUGCCUCUGGAACAGAGCCUGCUCACUUCCUGCGGGCACACUCCCGUUGUGGCUCUGGGCUCCCACCACCCCGUGUCUCCAGUCCCCAACUAACCCAACCAAGUCCCAAUGCUAAGGGCCCAGGCCUCUGUGUGGACUUCAUUAGCCACAAUGCCCGCACUGCAAAGAGGGCUCCCCGGCGGCAUUCCCGCUCACUGCAAGUCCUGGCACAGGUGCUGGAGCAACAGAGACAAGCCCAGGAGCACUACAACAUCACACAGAAGGGCCACAUGCCCCAUUACUUAUUGGAACGCAGGGAUCUGUGGCGGCAGGAGGCUGAGGCCCGUCAGAAUAGCCAGCCAGACCCUGCCAUGCCUCCUGGCCAUACUCAAAUGCCAGAGAACCAGCGGCUGGAGACCCUGAGCAAACUGCUCCAGAGCCAGAGUCAGCUGCUGCGUGAGCUGGUGCUGCUGCCUGCAGGUGCCGACUCACUGAGGGCCCAGAGCCACCGUGCUGAACUGGACCGGAAGCUGGUGCAGGUAGAGGAGGCUAUCAAGAUCUUUUCACGCCCCAAAGUUUUUGUGAAGAUGGAUGCCUAAGCCCCUCUAGAUAUGGACAUAGAAACAAUGUGCUGUGAAUUGCCUGAUGGCUGUGAAGAGCAGGGUCAGGGUCGGGCCCUAUCAGAGAGGGGUCUGAAGGUAGGGGGGGGGGUAAAAAAUAUCCCCAGAGUAUUCCUCCCAGCCACUGAUGGCUACUGAAAAGUCACAAGGUCUCUUAAUCUCUUUGUCAGAAUUAAACUUUUGUACACACUGGG